CAGACAACUGCGCCUCCACCGGUUGUUCGUGCCACGCGCAACCCAUCGCCGCCGUCACCUGCCUCCGAGGACCAAACCCGACGAACGACGCCAAACCGCCGUGGCGUCCGGCCGUCGAUGAGCCCUCCCCCUCCAGGACUACAGACAACUGCACCUUCGCCGGUUGUUCGUGCCACGCGCAACCCAUCGCCGCCGUCACCUGCCUCCGAGGACCAAACCCGACAAACGACGCCAAACCGCCGUGGCGUCCGGCCGCCGAUGAGCCCUCCCCCUCCAGGACUACAGACAACUGCACCUUCGCCGGUUGUUCGUGCCACGCGCAACCCAUCGCCGCCGCCACCCGCCUCCAAGGACCAAACCCGACAGACGACAUCAAACCGCCAUGGCGUCCGGCCGUCGAUGAACCGUCCCCCUCCAGGAUUACAGACAACUGCGCCUCCGCCGGUUGUUCGUGCCACGCGCAACCCAUCGCCGCCGCCACCCGCCUCCAAGGACCAAACCCGACAGACGACAUCAAACCGCGAUGGCGUCCGGCCGUCGAUGAACCGUCCCCCUCCAGGAUUACAGACAACUGCGCCUCCGCCGGCUGUUCGUGCCACGCGCAACCCAUCGCCGCCGCCACCCACCACCGAGGACCAAACCCGACAGACGACGCCAAACCGCAAUGUGGGAUGGCCGUCGAUGUACCCUCCUUCUCCGGGAUUACAGACAACUGCGCCUCCGCCG